AUGCCUGAACCAUAUCAUGUUCCCUUGUGGCUGAACGGUGACGGCGCAAUUUCAUCUUUCAGGAUCAAGGAAGGUAACGUCGACUUCAAGCAACGCUUUGUUCAGACAGAAAAGUUCCGGGUUGAAGCUACCGAAAACAGGGCUCUCCUGGGCAAAUACCGGAAUCCAUGGACAGACUUGGUUGAGUUCGCGGAUCGAACCACAGCCAAUGCUACAGCACUCCCUUAUAAGGGCCUCAUCCUCGCCUUGAAGGAGGACAGCUGGCCGUAUGCGUUAGACCCGCGGACGCUUGAGACGAUCGGAAGGUUCGACUUCGAUGGUCAGUUGGAGAGUGAGACAUUCACAGCGCACCCCAAGUAUGAUGUGAAGACAAGGGAACUCCUUGCAUUCGGAUACGAGGGCAAGGGGAUUGGAAGCAAGGACGUCUUCUACAUGUCGAUCAACGAACACGGCAAGUUCACCGAGAAAGUCUGGUUCGGGGCUCCGUUUUGCGGCUUCCAACACGACAUGGCGUUUACCGACAACUGGGUUCUGUUCCCGAUUGUGCCCAUGGUAUGA